CUUGGGAAUAAUAGUGAAAUGGAGGUGCCCGUAUGGCAUGCAUGAGUUAAUACAUUAAAGUCAAAGCUUUAAAAAGUGAAUUUCGAUGUGUCUAUAGUUAAUGAACAGCUACAAAUGCGUCCCUUUGUUUUGUAUUUAAUUGUAUUAUUAUAUUAGCUUGACGAAUACAAGGUCAUAAAGACGUGCAACGCUUCAGGUAAACAGUAUUGCCUGUUUGCUACGCUAGCUGGCUAGGCUAGCUUAGCUAGGUCAACUUGUAGGCAAAGAGGAACAGCAUUUUAUUCUAGCUUCACCUCUCUUGUUUUUGCAAACGUUGUACAAAAUAUUACACUAGUAGCUAGGUAAAGUUACUAGGCUGUAGCAAUAUGUUGGUCGUGUAGCUGUGUGUGCGCUGUACUGUACAUGUUCUUAUUUAGUUAGCUAACGUUAGUAAGUUUUAGCUAGCAAUUUUACUGUUCCAUAAUGAUUGACGACCUCUGUGUAUUUCAGGUGAGCCAUGUCUCUGUUGAGAGGGUUGCUGAAGGCUGGGGUGUCUCUUUACCACUCCACACUACAAACAACCAGACAAAUAAGCACUGGUAGGUGUAUAAUACAUUGCAAUUCAGAUGCAAUGUUUUGUAGCUGCUGUAGAUGUCAUAAUGAUAGGACUAUUUUGCGUUCUCACAAUUUUCCAACCAGGGCCCUGUGAAUUUGAUAUGUCGUACCAAGGCUAUCUGUUUUAAUGUGUGUACUACAAACAGGACACUGAUACAUUAGGUGUCAAACAAUCGUUGUUUAUACUGUAGCUAAGCAGUUUCCAAUAGUCGUUAUUAUAGUUCUUCUUGUCAAUUUAACAGUCUAUUGGUACUGGAAGUAGCCCAGCUAAUGAAAUCAAAAUGUGUGUGUUUCAGGUGUGUGCUGUCCAGUCCGUAUGAAUGCCAUUCCUGAGCUGAAGAAGGUGGACAGGUGGACUGAGAAGAGGAGCAUGUUUGGGGUUUAUGACAACAUAGGAAUUUUAGGUAAUUGGGAAGUUAUCAGCUUCAAAUCAUAGCUCAUUUGACCUGAUGUCAUGACUUUCAUAUCUUUAUGAAAAUGCUGCCCAGUCUCUAUGGGACCAUUUCAGCAACAUGACACUGUCCUCUGAACUAACUUAAAAUCUACUCUUGGUUACCAGGUAGAUAUGAAAAUAGACACAUGCUGAAAAUAUUUUACUUUUGCCCCCUGCUAAAAAUGUAAUUUGAUACAAAAUGGUACAGUGCAGUCUUUUUGGUAUUAAACCAAUUUCAGCACCAUGGCACUGUCCACAAGUGCUGCCCAGUCUCUAGGGGGGCUCAAACCAUUUCAGCACCAUGGCACUGUCCACAACUACUGCCCAUUCUACGAGGCUAAAACAAUUUCAGUUUCAGCAACAUGCAGCUGUCCACAAGUGCUGUUCAGUUUCUAUGGAGUUUGACCCAUUUCAGCACCAUGGCACUGUUCACCAAUAUUUACAUUUUACAUUUUAGUCAUUUAGCAGACGCUCUUAUCCAGAGCGACAUACAGUUAGUGAACACAUAUAUAUAUAUUUUUUUUUAUACUGGCCCUCCGUGGGAAUCAAACCCACAACCCUGGCGUUGCAAACGCCAUGCUCUAUCAACUGAGCUACAUCCCUGCCGGCCAUUCCCUCCCCUACCCUGGACGACGCUGGGCCAAUCGUGCGCCGCCCAUGAGUCUCCCGGUCGCGGCCGGCUGCGACAGAGCCUGGAUUCGAACCAGGAUCUCUAGUGGCACAGUUAGCACUGCGAUGCAGUGCCUUAGACCACUGCGCCACUCAGGAGCCUGGAAUCGAACCGGGGUCUGAGUGGCGCAGCGGUCUAAGGCACUGUAUCUGAAUGCUAGAGGCGUCACUACAGACCCCGGUUCGAUUCCAGGCUGGAUCACAACCCGGCCGUGAUUGGGAAUCCCAUAGGGCGGCGCACAAUUGGCCCAGCGACUUGCCUAGUUAAAUAAAAUGUUUGAUACGUGUCGAACUACGCAGACACACACACACACACUGCUAUAACAGGCCUUACAUCUAACGCGUUGUUUGUAGGUGACUUUAAAGCCCACCCUAAGGACCUGAUCGUCGGGCCGGUCUGGGUGAAGGGUUUCCGUGGCAAUGAGCUGCAGCGUCUGACGAGGAAGAAAAGGAUGGUGGGAGACAGGAUGAUGACGCAGGACAAACACGACAUGGAGAAGAGGAUCCGCUUCCUCUACCGACACUUCAACCGCUUUGGGAAACAUCGCUGAUCUGAUCUGGGACUGAGCGGUCUGGCUAACAAUGCUAAACUACUACUGUACUAACAAACCGCCCACUGGACCAUAUACAGACUCUAAAGGGAGAAACGUGCGCUACUCAGUUGUGCCACUUAGAUGUAUAUUAUCCCCUCAUUUUCACCAUUUGUUAAUCAUACCUUUUCUUAUAUCCAUAUUGGGGUAAUGGGAAGUUGAUUGCACAUAAAAAAAAAAAUCAAAGACAGCUGAAAAAUGUUGGAUUCAUUUAGUAUUGUUGUUAGCACUAAAUCAACACGAAUAACUGUAAAAUACAUGUUUGGAACCAAUAUGAACUCUUAGAAGUUGAAAUAUACACAAAUGUUUGAUGCUCUGUGGUCUGUAAAUAUGAUCACUUUGGGGACUAAUGUAAGUCAUGUUGUGGGUGUACCAUGUGUUGUGUGAGAUGACAAUAAACAGAAGCUUGUCAUUACAUUUGAGUGAGUUUAUUGUAAGGCUGCAUUAGUAUUUGACCUUAAGGUAGUUAGUCAUUUUGUCCUAAAUUGUUGAUUCAUGUGAAUGUGCCUAUAGCAGUAAUUGAGAAAGUUAUACAUUUUUUCUGUCUCAGAAUAAAGUGUUCAAUAAUCAAUCAGUUGACCAAAAAUUAUAUUUGACUAAGCCCUCC